GCUCCAGCCCCACUGGCCUCCUUCCGGGAAAGAGCCAGUCCAGGGAAGGAGAGUGGGAAGGCGCCUCUCUCUUUUCGUCUGCUCCCCUCUGCCCAGGGUGGACGCGCCCGGGCCGAUUGCCCUGCCACUGCCCGUACGUGCCACACUGCAGCCGCCCUGGCAGUCAAAGCAGGGGUGCUGGCAAGGUGUUCCCUCCUCCUCCUCCUGGACCUGACACGGCUCCCACCUGCCUCCCGCCUCACAUCCCGCAACAUCCGCAGCCCAGCCGCGUCUCCGCAGCCAGCCUCCCGGAGCGGGACACGGGUGCCAGAGCUUCCCAGCGCGCCCGGCAGGCACGGAACGGACCCAGCUGAGCUUGAACCACCCGCCGGAAUCCCACAGCCCCUAGCGGAACGGCAGCUCCUCCAGGCGCCCAGAAGAUGGUCCACAGGUGCCCAAUGUACCUGCCGGUGCCCGAGGGUGCCCAUCGUGGCUCGUUGGUCGCAGCCGGAGGGCCACUCACGGCAGCAGCCUGCCUGGAUACCGGGAUUGUUAACUGCUUGGGCUGAGGAGCUAGCAAGAAUCGUCCGUUCCAGUGGCAGAGAUCUGGGGUGCGUUAUCCCCGUGGCAGAGAUCCAGGGUGCAGUGUCCCAGUGGCAGACGUCUGUGGACCCAUAUCCCGGUGGCAGAGAUCUGGGGCGUGCUAUCCCAGUGGCAGAGAUCUGGGGCGUGUUAUCCCCGUGGCAGAGAUCUGGGGCACGUUAUCCCCGUGGCAGAGAUCCAGGGGGCAGUGUCCCCGUGGCAGACCUCUGUGGACCUAUAUCCCCGUGGCAGACAUCUGGGGUGCGCUAUCCCAGUGGCAGAGAUCCAGGGUGCAGUGUCCCGGUGGCAGCCGUCUGUGGACCCAUAUCCCGGUGGCAGAGACCCACGGGUGAGUUCUUGAGCCAUCUGUAACCUCAGCAUCUCGACCCUUCCCCGGCGACUAUCCUGGGCGCUCUGAGGGCGCCGAAGGAAUAUCGGGGGUCAGAGCCGGGGUGACCUGGGUUCUAUUUCUGGCCCUGCGAUGGAGGCUCUCAGCUCGCCUGGCCAGUGCGUGGCAGGGGGCGUCCCCCCGGAGGGCGUGAUGCAGCGGGCCCGGGCGCUGAAGGGCAAAGCCAGCGCCAGCUGCCGGCGCAAGCGGGAGUUCAUCUCGGACGAGAAGAAGGACGCCAGCUACUGGGAGAAGCGCCGGAAGAACAACGAGGCGGCCAAGCGCUCGCGGGAGAAGCGGCGCUUCAACGACCUGGUGCUGGAGAGCCGGGUGCUGGCGCUCAACGAGGAGAACCUGCGCCUCAAGACGGAGCUGCUCCAGCUCAAGCUGCGCUUCGGGCUCAUCAGCACCGCCGCCUUCGUGGAGAAGAGCCAGCAGCUGAGCGCCGCCAGCCGGGAGCGCGCUGGGGGCAGCAGCGGCUACUCCAGCGCCUCCUCCCGGGCCCAGCACUCGGAGGACUCGUCCGAGACGGAGCAGUCCGGCCGGGACGCCGCCGGCGCCAAAUACUCGCCGCGGGGCUCCCUCUCCGACAUGUCCGACGGCUCCUCCCGGGACAGCCCGCUGCCGCGCACGCCGGGGGAGGCGCAGGCCGUGAGCAGGGCCCGGGGGGAUGACGUGGCGCUGCGCCCCACCGAUCCCCAGGCCCCCGCCUCCCGGGGCGUCAUCCUCUUCAGCGCCAACGGCUUCACCGCGGUGGAGCCGCCCCGAGCCUGGGAGGCGCCGGGGAGGGGGGACGGGGCAGAGGAGGAAGAGGAGGAGAAGGCCCUGGCGAGCUAUGCCCAGCAGAUUCCCGGGGGUCGCCAUGGCGACUGUGAGGCCUAUUGCCAGCAGCGGGAGCUGCAGGGCCCCCCCGAGGCGUAUGGCUGCCCACGGGCCGAGGGCUACGGCGCCCCUGCUGGCUUCCUUGGGGAGGAGGAGGCGCGGGAGGCCAGGCCGGAGCCCAUGGAGAUGGCGGUCGAGCCAAGUUCCCCCUUUGCGGGUUACUCCAGUGAGGAGAGUGGGGAGGAGCCCGGCUGGGGGUGCCCGCCCGCCCCCUACCCGCCCGCCCCGGACGUCAAGCUAGCCGCCCUGCCCCACAAGCUGCGCCUCAAGUGCCGGGCCCACAGCAGCGGUGGCCAGGACCUGGGCCCUGAGCCUGGCGCCACCGGCUGCCAGCAGGAGGUGCCAGCCGACUGGGAGAGCGAGAGGCAGGAGGAGAUGGCGGCCCUGGUGCGGCAGGCGCUACUCCUCAACGGGCACCCCCCCACUGCCGGCGCCCUGGACAGCCUCCUCUACUGCAGCCCCCCACCCCCCUCAAACAGGCCGGAGCCUGGGGACUUCGCCGGCGGGUGGAGGGGCAGUUGCCACGAUGAGGGCACCAGGCCCAUAUGAGCAUUGCCCCCGAGCGGGGCACGGACCUUGAACAGCUGCUGCCUGGGCAGGGGACGUGGACAAAGCCAACACUCCCUGGGGAUCUGCCCGGCUGGGAUCCAGUGAGCAGAGAGAUCCCUGUCCUGCUGGGCCUGGGGAUCUGCCCGGCUGGGAUCCAGUGAGCAGAGAGAUCCCUGUCCUGCUGGGCCUGGGGAUCUGCCUGGCUGGGAUCCAGUGAGCAGAGAGAUCCCUGUCCUGCUGGGCCUGGGGAUCUGCCCGGCUGGGAUCCAGUGAGCAGAGAGAUCCCUGUCCUGCUGGGCCUAGAGAUCUGCCCGGCUGGGAUCCAGUGAGCAAAGAGAUCCCUGUCCUUCUGGGCCUAGAGAUCUGCCCAGCUGGGAUCCAGUGAGCAGAGAGAUCCCUGUCCUUCUGGAUCUAGGGAUCUGCCGGCUGGGAUCCGGUGAGCAGAGAGGUCCCUGUCCUGCUGGGCCUGGGGAUCUGCCUGGCUGGGAUCUGGUGAGCAGAGAGGUCCCUGUCCUGCUGGGCCUGGGGAUCUGCCUGGCUGGGAUCUGGUGAGCAGAGAGGUCCCUGUCCUGCUGGGCCUGGGGGCCUGCCUGGCUGGGAUCCGGUGAGCAGAGAGAUCCCUGUCCUGCUGGGCCUGGGGAUCUGCCCGGCUGGGAUCUGGUGAGCAGAGAGGUCCCUGUCCUGCUGGGCCUGGGGGCCUGCCUGGCUGGGAUCUGGUGAGCAGAGAGAUCCCUGUCCUGCUGGGCCUGGGGAUCUGCCUGGCUGGGAUCCAGUGAGCAGAGAGAUCCCUGUCCUUCUGGGCCUGGGGAUCUGCCCGGCUGGGAUCCAGUGAGCAGAGAGAUCCCUGUCCUUCUGGGCCUGGGGAUCUGCCCGGCUGGGAUCCAGUGAGCAGAGAGAUCCCUGUCCUGGGCCUGGGGAUCUGCCUGGCUGGGAUCCAGUGAACAGAGAUCCCUGUCCUUCUGGGCCUGGGGAUCUGCCCAGCUGGGAUCCGGUGAGCAGAGAUCCCUGUCCUGCUGGGCCUGACGAUCUGCCCAGCUGGGUUCUGAUGAGCAACAAGAUUCCCAUCCUGCUGGCCUGGGGAUCUGUCGAGCUGGGAUCCAGUGAGCAGCAAAAUCCCUGGCCUGCCGGGCCUGGGGAUCCAGAGAGCAGCAGGUUCUGCUUGGCUGGGCUUACAGAUCUGGGAGCUGUUGGACGGUUCCCACCAAGCCAACAUCUGAGGCCCACGUGCUGGGUGGGGCUGGCUUUGCGGAGAGAACCAAGCGGGGUCUCCCCCCCCUUUGGCUUUGGAGCCCCCAGGAGGGUGACAGCGGGGUGCAGCCAGGGCCUGGGACCAACAGCCUUCUUCAUGCCGGGACUGUCUCACCAGCAACGCCACCAGCGGGACUCGUGGGGUGGGGGGAUUUUCUGA